UAUAUCGUAAUUGGAGUAGGCUGUUGACAAAAUAUUCUAUUUAUUUAAAAGCAUGGCUAAUGCUUUAAUGUUUCCAAGUUCCAGAGAAUGGGGGAUGCAGCUGACAAUGACCGCAAUGGAGGCAAUCGCAGACUAUUGACUCCAUUGCGGCAUGAGCACAAUGAGGCGCGAGACCGACGCUCCCGAAGCCGAACGCGCUCGGACAGGCGCAGUCGCGCGAGCAGGCGCAGCCGCAGUUCUUGUCGCCGUCGCUUACAAGAUCGGGAGCGAGAACUGGACAUCGAACGCGAACGAGUACGCCGGUUGGAACGAGACUUGCUACAAGAGCGUGAUGAAGAUCAGAGGAGACGUAGCGGACACAUCAGCCGGCGCUCAAGCUUCGGGAGAAGCUUACAGAGCCAGCCUUGCAGCCACGAGCCAGCCGAGCGCCGUAGCCGACUUCCUAGCAGCGGCAGGGUCGAGCGGCGCAGAAACGAGCGUCCGAGUCGCGUCAGCGAGCCCAGCCGCGAUCGGCGCAUGCCUCAGCAACCGGAGGCGUACCGACAGCGGGACCGUCACCCGAGCAGGGAGCGUCGAGAGACAAGGUCAAGGGCGAGAACUGAAUGGUUUGCUCCUUGACAAUAAAAAUGCGAGAAUUGAUUGGUUCCCUAAAUUGAUAUGGCCAGAGGGUACCUUGAGAAUUGAUUGGUUCAAGGAGUACCUGAUGGUACCUAGUACCUCGAGAAUUGAUUGGUUCGAGGUUUAGUUUAAGUCCCUCGAGAAUUGAUUGGUUCGAGGUUUAGUUUUAGUCCCUCGAGAAUUGAUUGGUUCGAGGUUUAGUUUAAGUCCCUCGAGAAUUGAUUGGUUCGAGGUUUAGUUUUAGUCCCUCGAGAAUUGAUUGGUUCGAGGUUUAGUUUUAGUCCCUCGAGAAUUGAUUGGUUCGAGGUUUAGUUUUAGUCCCUCGAGAAUUGAUUGGUUCGAGGUUUAGUUUUAGUCCCUCGAGAAUUGAUUGGUUCAGUUUUAGUCCUUCAAGAAUUGAUUGAGUCUAGGAUUAAUUUCAGUCCCUCGAGAUUUUAAAUGAUCUUAGUUUAAUUUCAUGCAAAAGGAGUUCGAAAAUAAAGUGUUUAAAUUUGUUAAAAUAUUCUGAAUCAAGAUUUUAAUUGAAGUUUUUCGGAGUAAGUUCGUGGUUUAAUAAAACAUGUCAAGGUUAAAUGCAUCGAUUACUUUGAACUUGGUUGUCACUUGUCAGAGAAGAAAUUGUUAAUAUAUUUUAAAUUUUGUCAAUCUCUUUGUUUGUAAAAGGACACCAGAAUAUUAGAUUGUGUAUAUCAUUCUGUAAAUGUGCCGAAUCGAUGCUAUAAAAUAUUGUUUUGUAACACUGAACUAACUGACCGAAUGUAAGGUUCCACCAGGUGCGUGUAUGGGGACAUACACGAUGCCAGGAUGGUCGAAUGUAAGGUUUCAUUCAUUUUAACGUUACAUUUAUUACUAUUUUUAUAGAUUGAAGCAUUUUUACUGCGGGCAAUACUGAUGAUAUUUUUAUUGAAGGUAGUUUGAGAUAUUUAAGAAAAAAAUAUAUAAAGCGGGUAGAAGGUGGUCAGUUGGUUCGGGGCAAGAUAGGUGUG